UCUAGCACCAUAUGAAAUCAGUGCUGUGGGGGUAGACAAACAACACAUGGAACCAGUGUCAUGAGAAAAUGGUGAUGUAAUCACAGUAGCUCUUCCCCUGAUAAUAGCCUGGCUUCUUUCACUCAUAUCGUAUUAUCAUUAAUAUGUCAUUAUUAUCUUCUUUCAGAUCUAUUCUAAAUGUAAUUUCAUUCCAUAGUUUCAUUUUAACUUGCAGUGUUAGUACUUUUCAAAAGUCACUAGUCAAAAGGCUAGUCUUGGUCCCACACUCCUGACCUCCAUCUUUUACUACUCCUCUUAGAAAAGAUCAUCAAUUUCCUCUGGAGAUGAGAGCACUCUGGGCUUUCUAGCACCGUUUAAAAUAAGUUAUAAAGUCUGGGGGUCAAUCUGAUACAAGGUCAACGUGUUAAUCAGUGUAGGAAACUACUUAACUGCUGUUUUAUAAUCUUAAUGUAUUUGAAUAGUUACAAAGUCAAUCUUUUUGACCUGUACCGUAUGUAAAAUUGUCAUUGAACAUUUGAAUAAAUACUUUAAACCUGUCUUGUGUGAAGGACUCCUUUAUUAAUUAGGUCCAGUGUGUGUUGACCCUGAACUUCUGCCUCAAUAUAUUUUAUGUAUUAUAUUUUUAAUGGCUCGUUGUAAAAUCCUAUUAGGAAAACAUAAUUGUGAAUUUACAUGUCCUAUCUGGCAGCAUGAUGACCUGAUGGAUUAGAGGCAUCCCAUGUCCUGUCUGACAUUAUCAAGUCGCUCCUCCAGUGAAGUCAGAAACUACAUUUCAGCUGACAGAUGGGUAUCCUGAUGAAAUGGGAAUGGAUGGCCUUGCAGAGGUGAUGACAUUUUCAUGGACAAGGACAAAACCACAGUCCAAGGAGCCAAUCACUUCCUGCUUGAUGGAUCACAGCCUAACCAUACGUUGAGUCUAGGACGAGGUAGUUGGGAGGGAGGUCACAUUGUAGGCAUGACUAUCAACCUUUGAGGUGUUGAGGCCCCACAACAAUGCAGGAGUGAUUAAAAUGUUCACUAGAGCGCCAGUGCAUCGUUUGAUAAUAUGCUUUGUUUGUUCUUGUUAGAGCAUGCAGAAUGUGUCUGCUUGGUGCAAUUAAUAAUGCAGAGAGAAUGUCAGAGCAGCCUUCAAAUUACAUAAUCAAAUAUUCCAAAUUUGAUCUGUCAUUGUGUUUCUCUGCCGUUGUUUAAACUGUAAGAACUCCUCACUAUUAUAUGCAAAUAUGUAUAGUACACCAUGGCAACAAAUGUAAAGCAGCAUGAGAAAGCAACAGUCCUGCAUACAAGCAUCCUUAUGUAAUAUUCAUAGGGUAUUUUGAUUUCCCUAUCCCAUUUCUGUUGUUAUUUGAUUGUCAGAUAUGUUUCUGAGUGAAAGAAAUGACCUUGAAUUCAGUGAGAGAAAUGUAUUCAACCAGAGUACAACAUGUUCUCCAUUAUCUCAUAAAUCGAACAUUGUUUCUUUUUGUCACACCAACAACCUCGGGUCUGAAUGUUUAGAAGGGUGCUCUGUCAGACUUGCUUAUUGGAUCAUUAGCCUACAAUACCUAGUUCAUAAUAUGAAAAGUGCAGUGUUGGAGAUAUUGAGAGAUGUGUGUUCUUAAUUUGACUGGGAUUCUUGAUUUACAUUGUGUUUGUGUAUCAAUGCCUUUAUUAAUGUGCACCUGGGAACUAGCUCGGAUUUGUUCAUGUAUAAAACAAUUGGUCAGAAGAAAUUCACAAAUUUUGCCAUUCAAAGUCUCUUGAUUGUUUGGUGCUUGAUAAUUAACUUUAAUUGGAGCCUGUCGUGGUUUUGAAACAAUACUUCCAAUAGCGCAUUCUCUUUACAUAAGUCAAUUAUUUUGUAUCAAAUUUUACUGCAUUGUAUUAUUAAUGUCCGUUAGCAGAAAGAGCCAGAUGUCUGUUUAAACAUAGUUCAUCAAACAUUUCCAAUAUAUUUAUUCUCGUGGUUUUCUGUGUCCGGUAAGAAAUACUUAACGGUGUAAGUUUUUAUGCAUUCUAAUACAUUCUCACAUUCACAUAAUCAGCCGGUUGUGUGCAAAUCAUGAAAGCCUCGAGCCCUUUUCCUAUUGGUCAUUUCUCAAGUUCCGCCAUAUUCAAACUUCCGCCGUCAUGCGUCUAUCCUCCCAAGAUUUUUGUCUUCGUCGUAUUGUUUUUGAAAGGGUUUAGUUUACCAGAUCCAUGCCAUACUUGAAUCCGAAUUUUUUAUUUUAACCACACACAAUUUCUCAAAUGGAGGAAAAAGAGGAAGUCGAAUCUUUUGCAGGGAAAAAGAUGAAACGCCGUAGAGUGUUUUCAACCAGGCCUUCUACCGUCAACACGGGUUCCGAGACAUCCCCCGACUCCGCAAGGAUCAACUCCAAAAAACCUCCACUGCAGAGGGGUAGUUCCUUUACCUUCCUGACACCAGGGACACCGUGGGAUUUCAGUCUGAAAAGAAAACGCAAAGAGAAGGAUGAUGACACUGUCAGUCUGUCCAGUUUUGACCUCAAGGAACCUAGUGUCAAGCGUGUCCGUCCACUGGGAAGAGUGUCAUCACUGGCCAAUCUGAUCUCCCCCUCUAAGAAUGGUGCAGUCCGACGCUUUGGUCAGACCAUCCAGUCCAUGUCCUUGCGUAGUGAUGGCAAGUCACCAAGCAUGUCCCUGAAGUCCUGCAGCAAGGCAGCAGCCCAGACUCCCACCAAACGCAGGAACAGCACACUGUGGUCUGAGAGCCUGGAUGUCCAUCAGAAGAGCACAUAUUCCACCAAAGAGAUCAAGAGACAGGAGGCCAUUCAUGAACUACUCAGAGGGGAGCAGGAUCUUAUUGAGGAUCUCCAAAUGGCGAGAAAGGCAUAUCACGACCCUAUGCUGAAGCUCUCCAUCAUGACAGACGAGGAGCUGGCUCAAAUAUUUGGAGAUCUAGAUGCUUACAUCCCUUUGCAUGAAGAUCUGUUGACUAAGCUUGCAAAUAGAACUGGCCCCAAUGGAACAGUAGGCCAGAUUGGACAGAUAGUCAUAGACUGGUUGCCUGGGCUGAAUGCAUACAAAGAAUACUGCAGUAACCAGCUGGCAGCCAAAGCUCUGCUGGACCAGAAGAAGCAGGACCGCAGAGUCCAGGACUUCUUACAGCGAUGCCUAGAGUCCCCUUUUAGCAGGAAGCUGGACCUGUGGAGCUUUCUGGACAUCCCUCGUUCCCGCCUGGUCAAAUACCCCCUACUGCUGAGGGAGAUCUUGAGACACACCUCACCAGAGCAUCCUGACAUAGCCUGUCUGGAGAGAGCAAUUGUUAUAAUCCAGGGAGUCCUGUCUGACAUCAACAUGAGAAAGGGAGAAUCUGAGUGCCAGUACUACAUUAAUAAGCUGGAGUACCUGGAUGAGAAGCAGAGAGACCCUGUCAUUGACAGCUGCAAGACGCUUCUGUGUCACGGAGAACUGCGUAAUAAGAGUGGCUCGAAACUGCAUGUAUUCUUGUUCUCUGAGCUACUGGUCCUAACCCGGCCAGUGACGAGGAAUGAGAAGAGCUGCUUUCAGGUGUACCGGCAGCCCAUACCAGUCCGGGAUCUGGCCCUGGAGGAAUUGCAGGAUGGGGAGAUCCGAAUGGGAGGCUCUUUCAGGGGAGUUCUUAGCAAUGGAGAGAAAGCCAAGAACAUUUUCCGUGUGCGUUCCAUGGAUCCAUCCCACGGGCAGUCCCACACUCUCCAGGUCAAUGACGUCUUCCACAAACAGCAAUGGCUCAACUGCCUGCGCAGUGCUAUUAAUUUACACCAGAAGUCUCAUCCCACUGACCACAAUGAGUCUAUCAGUGUUAAGCGACACUCUGCAGUUAAUCCUGAUGAAGUUUCAGGCGAGAACUGUCCCCAGUUCUCCGAGCCUGACCCUUGUCCUCAAACCCCUUCCUCAAACUCCUCUUCCCUCAAACGUAAACUGCACAGAAAGUGCAGUGGUAGUUCAGUGGGGAAGAGGAAGGAGACAGGAGUGUAGGUACUAGACCUAUGCUGAAUCUGUACAGGCGCUUUUGAGACAAGCACUUGGACACAAUUUGAUUUGUAUCUUGGACUUAUUCUUGUGUACUAGACUAGUAUAUUUCCAUUACAUACCUAUUUUGUAGUGGUUUUGCCAUAGCACAAGCCUGUCGUUAGUGAUGGCACUGGAAACUAUUUAGCUAUGUAAAAUCCCCUCCGUCCAGUUUGUGUGGUUUAUUGUCCCAUCAAAGUGAAGAGAAUUGUCUCAGUACAGACCUAUUUGUAGAUUACAAGGGAAUAUUCACACAGUAUGCCAAUGUGACUGAAUUAAUGUUUACAGCAGUUAAGUGAAAAUAUUUGCUCAAAUGACUAACCUUGUUUCUUGUAUACAUAGCAUUGUUUAGAACUCUUGUAAUGUGGUAAGGUCAUUGUAGUUAACAUGUAACUCUUUUCCACAGUCGUUGAUUAAUUGCUGUCCGUCCUGCAGGUGUGGUCUAUUGGAUGCUAUUAUGAUCACAAAGGCUUUGGCCAUGUCUCUUUUAAUGCAGCAGCUAGUGUUCUUGAUGUUCAGCCAGUAGAUAUUGUUUACAAACGCAUGUAAAUAAUUCAGUCAGAUAAAGGAUGUCUGGAGAAAAGGGAGAUAAAUGCUGGGAAAAGUGUUGUGUUUGUUGGGUCAGUUGCAGGGUGUGAGGUUUGUGAGUUAAGAAUGGUUUCUGUGAAGGUUCACUUGGUUGUGGGAAUAACGAAGGAAGCGAUUACCAGAACAAAGAUCUGACAUUAGACUUGCUACAUGUGAUGACGGUAUAGAAAAAGAAACGCUGUAAAACGACCUGUAUGUGUGACGACAAAUCGAAACAAUAAAGAAACCAAUUUGGGAUUUGAAGUUUUCAUGUUCCUAAAUGAAAAGCUCAGUGU